CUCGGAGCUGCCAGACAGAGUCUUUGUGUUCAGUCACUUUUCCAACAGCCACAACUGAGGGUUAAAUGAACCAUUUUGCGGGAGGAUGGAGGGAAGUCAGUCGUUUAAAGGGCAAAAUGAUCCUUACACCUGGUUCACAGAGUCUCAGCUCCAGUAUGUCAUCAAGAACGGUGUAGUCCCAGAGUGGUUUCACGGGAUCAUUUCCAGAAAGACAGCAGAGGAACUGCUCGUGUCUAAGCCUCCGGGUUACUUCCUCAUCAGAGUGAGCGAGAGCAGGAUCGGCUACACUCUCUCGUACCGUGCCGAGGACCGAUGCAGACAUUUCAUGAUUGAUGCACUCAAGGAUGGCUAUUACAUUAUAGUGGGGGAGAACAGGUAUCACCGGUUUCUGCAGGACCUGGUUGACUUUCAUCGAAGGACUCCCAUCAUGCCUUACUCUCAGGUGUUGACUAUUCCUUGUGGACAGGCCUCAAAUGACAGGACUGACUAUGCAGAACUACUGUUUCCCUCAAGAGGCCCAGGCUCCAGGACCAGUUUGCCACCAAACAACUCCCAGCUUCCUAGUAUAAGUCAGCCAGGAUUGCAAGAGGAUAUCCCACCCGCCCUUCCUUACCGCCCAAAUAAUCUGGGGAACUCACCACCUUUGUCAAAAAAAAGUCAAUCAGAUAGGCUUUACCCAUCUUUAGAAGAUGAGUUCCAAGACAGAACCACCCCACCUACAGCACCGCCUGCACCAAUGACGAGGAAGAGAUAUAUGGCCGACAACCCUCCAUCCAACCAACCACCUGAAGUCCCUUCUCGAAACUGCGUGGCUCUAAAGCAGAUUCAGGCUACCAGAACGGUCUCUGCACCUGAGAGCCUGCCCACUCUCACGGGCUCUGAACAACCACCCUGUACCAACAUCCCGCAUGUGAAGAACCAGGAAGCAAAGUUGUCAGCCGUCAUCAACCUAAAGAACUUCAAGAAGAAAUUCCACAAGAAGAGGGAACCUCUGCAGGAUAAUUCAUAUUCAGAGAUUAACACGGAGACAACUAACAGGGGUGAAAAUGCUGAGCACGAGUACCAGGAGAUCACAGGGCAGCAGACCUUUUGUGAGCCACCACUUUCCUCCACCUGCACUCAUCCAAGGCUGACUGAUGAAGUGUUACCCUUAGAGUACAUGCCACCACCACCUUUUGCCCCAGGCUUCUGAUCCACAGCAAUGUAAUCACCUGAAACUAUAAUAAAUAAGAGAGUCAAAUCAAAGAAGAGGGUUAAUGUGCACAUGUAUCCUUAUCUGAGCAGUGCAUACAAAUGAGAGGAUGUGAUAGCCUCCAUGCUGAAAAAUCCUGCUUCCUUCAAAACUUUAUGAUCUUUAUUCACAUGUAGGUUUCACCUUAUGAAUGACUUAAUGUCAAAGUAUUUUACCAGUAAGGCAUUAAUUCACAGUGAGAGAUACAUGUAUGCUUUUUUAAAUAAGAUAACAGAUGAGUGAGACAGGAUAGCUGUCUCAUCCUAUUUCCUGUCUAUGUGCUAAGCUAACGGCUGCCAUAUUUACCAUAAUAUCAAUCUAUUUCUUUCAAGUUAAGGGAGCUUGGAAUAUUUAAUUUUAAGUUGUGCCAAAUUAUAUAUGCUUUAAAGAAAAUCUAAACAGAUAAAUAGCGUUACAUAAAAAUAAGCAUUGCAAUAAAUGCAUUAUAUAGGUGUCUACCUGAAGCCAAUUUUCUGCCACCUUUACAGGUUAUGCUUUUAAAUGGAGGUUACAUUUUUUCAUAUGCUGAUUUGGUAGGAUAUUAAAGUCUGAAUGUGCUAAGGAGAAGUUUUAGAUAGCACAUGUAAAGAAGAAAUAACAGCUGCUUUGAAUAAAGGUGGAAGGCUGUUGCAUCACAUGCAGAUCUCUGAUCAGAAGUAUGACAGAGAUGCUGAGAGAGAGAGAGAGAGAGAGAGAGAAUGCAGAAACUGGUCAUUUGUUAAAGGUGAAAAAAAUGGAGGUCUGUUAAAUUCACCUUUUUAAAACUGGUGAACACAGAAUGUGAAUUUUCCUAAAAGGACCAUUUCAAUUUUAAGAUAAAUGGCUGACUAGUGAUACCUAGACAUAAGGAUUACAGGAGACCACAUUUCAUAUUCAUGUCUAUGACAAGAUAAUAUAUGAAGGAUGUAUUUUUUUAAAUACAGAGUUAA